UUGUUCUCCUAGUUUUGUCCCAGCCGGACACCUUACAAACAUGGCGCUGCUCCUUACAAUAUUCAUGUGAUUCUCAGGAAUCAAAUUCUACAUUGAAAAAUGUGUAGCACGGUUUUGUUUUUCCCAAUAAAACUGUAAUUUCUGUUGCAAAAUGGAAGCGGGAAAUAACUUCAAACAAUGGAAGAAACAGUGUUUGAGUAAGGUAGAUUUCAGCAAGAAGGGGAGUGUCGAUGAGGAUAUCAAAAAUAUUGUCAGUUUUAUCAACGACUGCCACAAUUAUUUCACCACCAGCUCAUGCUCUGGACGGAUAAUAUUAAUCAAUGGGGAAAGUGAUAACACCGAAGUACAGAAGCAGAACUGCUCCUGGUUAUUUGUCUCUCAUCAGAAGUGUCAAAAGGAAGAUGUGCUUGCAGGACUACGGAAAGCCUGUGGGGACGCUGUCUUCAAGUUUGAACCAUUUGUGCUCCACGUGCAGUGCAAGCAGCUGGAGGACGCCCAGCUCCUGCACUCUGUGGCUGUAAACUCUGGAUUUAGGAAUUCUGGGAUAACUGUUGGCAAGAAAGGAAAAAUAAUCAUGGCUGUGCGAAGCACCCAUUGCUUGGAAGUUCCACUUAGUCAUAAAGGUCAGGUUCUUGUUCAAGAAGAGUAUAUUGACUACGUGGUGCAAGUAGCCAAUCAGAAAAUAGAGGAAAACCAGAAAAGAAUAGAGAGGUUCCAUAGUUGUCUGCUGGCUGCAGUGGGUGCAGGUGAAACUUUUAACAAAGGCAGAGUGGAGGAAACCAAAGCGGAACCCGUGUACACCCGAAGAAGAAAAAGGGGACAAGAAAAAACUGACAGUAAAAAUGCCUCACCAGUUCAGGAUGAUGUCAUUCUGCAGAAUGAUGAUGAGGACAGUCUAGAGAGUGGACUCCACUUGUUUUGUUUGGAGUCCUGUUGAGCUACAAAGGAGGGCCAUUUUUAUGGAAAAUGUAGAUUGAGGGGUUUGAUGUCUGAUCACAAGACUGUAAAGAAUGGUCUCUUUACAUGUUACGUCAUGAAGGGGUUUGUCUCUGGUAAGACAUUAUAAAUAAUAAAUGUGUUUCUUUUCAAAAGGCCAUAAA